CUGUGUCCGAUCCUUCACGACCAUGCUCAAGUUAUUUUGGAUCGUAUGCGUUGUAUCGCUAUUAAUCGCUGUAGCUGCAGCCGGAAAAGACUAUUACGAUAUCCUGACAGUUCCACGCGAUGCAUCAAAAGCUCAAAUCAAAAAGGCAUACAAGAAGCUCUCCAAAAUCUAUCACCCAGAUAAGAAUCCAGGAGAUCAAGGCGCAAAGGACAAAUUUGUCGAACUGUCCGAUGCCUAUGCUGUCCUGACCGAUGAUGAUAAGCGAAGAAUCUACGACCAGUAUGGAGAGGAAGGAUUGAAUCAACAAAAUGGCGGCGGUGGUGGUUUCCAUAACCCUUUUGACAUUUUCCAGCAAUUCUUUGGCGGUGGUGGCAAUGGUCGUCAGCAAGAGAGAAGAGGACCCGAUAUGAAUUUGGAAAUUGAUGUCACUUUGGAAGAGCUUUAUCAUGGCAAGUCGGUGAAUGUGGAGGUCUCAAAACAAGUGGUUUGUGACCAUUGCUUUGGAACCGGCGCCGAAAACUCGGAGGACGUCGUCACCUGCUCAACCUGCCACGGCAAAGGCUACCAGGUGUUUGAGAUGCAACUUGGACCACAUAUGGUACAACAAUUCCAGCAACAAUGUGAUCAAUGCCGUGGCAAAGGAAAAGUGAUUCGUCAUGUCUGUACCGUCUGCCAAGGUAACAAAGUCAGGCGCGGCAACGAGCUAUAUACCAUCAAUAUCGAUAAAGGAAUGAAGGAUGGAGAAGUCAUUACACUUGAACGAGAGGCAGAUGAAUACCCGGAAGAGGUGAUUCCCGGCGAUAUCCACUUCAUUAUUAAAGCACAACCUCAUCGUCGUUUUGAACGAAGAGGCGAUCAUCUAAGGAUACAAGAAACUAUCAAUUUAUACGAGGCUUUGGCAGGAUUUGAACAUAAUAUCGAGCAAUUGGAUGGCAGGAACAUCACUCUGAAACGAUCAGGAGUUACUCAAUAUGGUUUGGUUGAGAAAGUAGCUGGAGAAGGCAUGCCAAUUGACCAUGGCUCAAAAGCUGGCGAUCUCUACGUUGAGUACAAGGUCAUUUUCCCUACGCAUGUUGACAAGGAGAUCAUCCAAGGUACGUAGUAUAGGCAACCUGAUGGCCUAAUUAUGGCAACUGAUGCUGACGGGGUUUCUCUUUUGGCUGUUAGCAAUUGAAAAAGGUGCCCAUUAUCCUGAAGUUCCUGCUCACGAAGAGCUCUGAACUUAGAUGCGUGAUUACCACUUCCAUAUUAUAGCUAGCCAUUUCACUUUUCCUUAUAUACAGCUGGCUGGUUUACAUCUGCCAUUGCCUACAACGUGUAGGGUAGUGUUCCAGAGAAUACCUUUCUCUAACAUGUUGGCAUAGAAUUUUUGGGAUAACUGUAGAGUGUCUUUCUUAAAACGUACAAUAAAAUAACGAAACAUCAUUAAAAAUU